AUUGGAUUCCUCGCUUCGGCAGCGGUGCUCGAAAGACCGCGGAAAUGUUUCUCUGUCCGAUUUUGCGGGAGACGAGUGGUCUUCUCCAAAUGAUCGAUGCGGCGGGCGGCCGGUUUACUCAAGAUCGGCGUCUCUGAUUCCCGGUCCUGCUUAAUUUCCCCGGCGGCCGUCGCGAUUCCGUCGAGGCUAAGCGGCGUUGUUCUGCGCUGACGCCGUUGCCUCGAAAUUCGUCUUUCAGUAACUGAAAGUCAUCCACCACAUCCGCUUCCGGACAAUCAUUGCCGCCGCGAGUUGCCUUGAACUCUCCCGAUUUUCUUGUUCUUCUCAGUGUCAUUUUCGGCUUGCCGGCAGUCAUGAACUUACCGGAAAUUGUCGAUUCCGUGCGGAGGUUGGCCGCCAUGGUCAGAGUCUCUGGACCUGAUCCUCACGGGCGGAAGAUGCGAAACCAUGCUUUUCACCUUUACAACAUUCAUUUCCCUGGAAUGUGUAGUUCUGGUAAAACUACGCUUUCGGCUUCGGCUGUGCUGUUGCCGGAAGGCUUUUACGACGCUCACGCGGUCAGCCGGAUUCUGCCGGGCUCCGAUAGUCGGGGCUUAGGUCUGCUUCUCACCGUCGCUUCUGUCGUGGAGCCUUUUGUGGCGGCACACCAUAGGCAAAGUACUCCUCAGGUUGAAUUCACUGUGAUUUUGCGGAGAUACGUGAUUGUAUUUGGUCUUACGGGUAUGUUGGAGUUGGAAGAAAGUGUGGAGGCGGUUGAAAAUGGAAAUUCUCAUUGGAUCUCUGCAAAACUUUUGAGAUUGGUUGAUGUUCCAGCCUCUUCAUUUUCCCUCCAAUCGCUCAUUGAAGCUUCUCCAGACUCAGCACACCAUGGAUGGGAGGCUGGUUGGUCCCUUGCAGCUAAUGGUAACGCUCCUAAGUCUUAUGGGGAAUCUCUGAACUCAUCUACGCUUGAAGGCCAUUUAGAAACCGAGGAAUCUAGGGAUCCUUCUAUUAUGAGUAGGUCGAUUACCAGACUUGCUGUUCUUGGGAUCCCCCUGCAUCUGAAGAAUCUUCCUAAGGUUCCUGUAGCAGCAUUGACGAAAAAAGGAGACUUCAUUUUUGCCGUGGGUUCCCCUUUUGGUAUCGUGUCACCAAUGCAUUUCUUUAACAGCGUUUCAGUGGGGUCCAUUUCCAACCAUUAUCAUUCACCUAAUACAUCAUUGAUAAUGGCUGACAUCCGCUGUCUACCUGGUACUGAGGGUGGCCCAGUUUUUGAUAAAUAUGGACGUUUUAUUGGAAUCUUGAUUAGACCAUUGAGGCAAACGAGUACUGGUGCUGAAAUUCAGCUGGUGACUCCGUGGGAAACGAUUCAAAGUGCUUGCAUUGACUGGUUGCUGAAGGAGCCUGAAAAUGCAGCAGAUGAAGACACUCAUAUUAAUAAGGGAAACUUAAAUGCUGUAGGGGUAGUACACAAUCAUGACUCAGAUGUACCUUCACUGGUGCCAGUGAAGAAGGCAAUCUCUUCUAUUUGUCUCAUCACCAUUGGCGAAGGUGUAUGGGCAUCUGGAGUUCUGCUCAAUGAGAAAGGCUUGGUACUCACAAAUGCACACUUGUUGGAGCCUUCGAGAUUUGGAAGAACUACUGUUAGUGGAGGAGGAAAUGAAAUCAGAUCAGACAUUAUUCCUUAUCCGCUGUCUGGAGAAGAUGUCAUCCAGAAGAAUAAGAGGAAGUUGUUUAAUGCAGAAGAAGCUAUAGUAGGUUCGUCCUACAAUAAUCAUGGAAUUAUACGUGUUCGGUUGAAUCAUGUUGACCCGAGGAUUUGGUGUGAUGCGAAAGUAGUGUAUAUUAGCAGAGGGCCAUUGGACGUUGCCCUUUUGCAGCUUGAAAACGUACCAGGUCAUCUUAUCCCAAUCAGUGUGGAUCUUCUGUGCCCAGCUUUGGGAUCAACGACUUAUGUGAUUGGGCAUGCUUUAUUUGGGCCGAGAUGUGGAUUUUCUCCCUCUGUUUGCUCUGGCGUUGUAGGAAAAAUAGUGAGGGCAAAGGCACCUCUCUAUUAUCAGGUUCUUCACGAAAAGGAUUUAGAGAUUCCAGCAAUGCUCGAAACCACAGCUGCUGUCCACUCAGGCGGCAGUGGCGGUGCUGUUGUUAAUUCAGAUGGUCAAAUGAUUGGACUUGUUACCAGCAACACGAGGCAUGGCAGAGGAACAAUUAUACCCCAUCUCAACUUCAGCAUUCCUUGCGCAGCACUGGCUCCGAUUUUUGAGUUUUCAAAAGACAUGGAGGACAUUACGCUUCUGAAGCAGCUCGAUCAAUCGAACAAGGACCUUUCUUCAGUAUGGUCGUUGGUGCCUAGACCGGGGCCGAGUCUUCCCCUGCCCCUGGACACCAUUCAGGAGUCAUUAAAGAAAUCAAAAAAGGGUUCGCAGUUCGCUGAAUUCCUAGCGGAAAGGGACAAGGUUUCCAGAAGUCCAGCUGCUGCAACUCAGCUUGGUGUGGUGGGAAGCAGCAGCAACAGUACAAAUAGGACCAUUUUUCUCAGCAAGCUGUGAGCACUUGGAGAUCUCACAUGAAUCACAUUUCGUUAGAAACGAUGUUCGAUCUCGUUGUUACGAUUAAGAUGAAUGAAUCAAUGGGACUGGCAUUGUCCCAUGUACUCUGAUGUAACGACCAACCAAACAGGGGUGGCAUUUUUACGUCAUCGGAUUUUACACUGUAGCUGAGUUUAUAGAGAUUUCCCACAGUCAACGGAGAUUAGACGGAAGUUCUGAUACGGUCUAACCGAAUCGUAAACUUACAGUUUGGGGACUCGUUUGUAAAUCUUGUAUGAUAUAAAGAUCAAAAGGUGUAUUGACCUUAAAUUUUUGUAGUUUUUAGACAGAAC